AUAUAAACAAACACUGAUUUAAUUUUUUUUUUCACUAAAGGUUUAAUUUUUAAUAUUUUUGCAGUUUUCGGCUAUUUUCUUCAUCAAAUAAUUACAGAUCAUGUCUGAUGAAUCAGAAAAUGAUGUUGAUUAUGAAAACAGUCAAGAAAAUGAUGUCUACUAUACCAAAUACAAGUUGCUCUUAGAGGAAUGUUCUCAGUUACAAAGAUCCAAUGAAAUCUUAGUUUUUCGUAUACAAGAAGUGAACAAAAUCACCAAGAGAAGGCAUAAAGAGGUCCAAUUUUUUAAACAACGCCUUAUAAACAUUUAUGGAGAAGAUUUGACAAUCAUCCCUAUGGAAGUCCUAGCAGAUGAAGAAGAAGAUGUUAAACCCAGCAUUCCUCCUCUUCUUACACCUAAAAAGGAACCCAUAGAAAAACCUGAGGAGCCUACGGUAAAAGAAAAACUGGAAAAAUCAAAACCUGAAAAGACAAAAGCAACCAAAAGACCUGCAGGAAAGAAAGUUCCAAAAAGUGAAAAAGAUCCAAAUGCUCCCAAAAGACCGGCAAAUCCAUUCUUUCAAUUUUGUCAGGAACAGAGACAGAUUUUGAUGGAACAGAUAUCUGCAGAAUUGAAACCAGGUGAAGUAGAACCGUCCAAGCAGGAAUUGACCAGACAAUUAGCAUUAAAAUGGAAUUCAUUAGCUGUACCAGAUAAAAAGGUGUAUGUGGAUAGAUAUGAACGAUCCAAAGAGAAAUAUAAUGCACAAAUGGAAGAUUAUAAAAAAACUAAAUAAAUGAGAGUUUUAGAUUAGUCUCAAGCUUAUGUCCGGAAAAAAUUUGGUUAAAUACAUUAUUUAUUAAUA